AUGUUCUAUGUAACAAUUACAGACACUCAUCCUUCAUGGCCUACUUAUCCUGAUGCAAACCAGGUUGUUGAUACACAUGAUAAUGAAAAAUCAGAUUCAUAUAAUUAUCCAUCAGAUGUGCAAUAUAAUCAAAAUGAUCAAUCAAAAUGGAAUUAUCCAAAUUAUUACAAUAAUCAAGACGAUAAAUCUCAAUGGGAACCAACACCUCAGGAUAAUAAUCUUAGUGAUAAAACUCAUUGGGAUAGAACAAAUGAGGAACAAAAUCUUAGUGAUAAAACUCAUUCGGAUAGUACAAAUGAGGAACAAAAUCUUAGUGAUAAAACUCAUUCGGAUCGUACAAAUGAGGAGCAAAAUCUUAGUGAUAAAACUCAUUCGGACAGUACAAAUGAGGAACAAAAUCUUAGUGAUAAAACUCAUUCGGAUAGUACAAAUCAGGAACAAAAUCCUAGUGAUCAAUCUCAAUGGGGACAUACAAAUGAGGAAAGCAAUCCUACUGAUAAAUCCCAUUGGGAUAAUACAAAUGAGGAUAAAAAUCCUAGUGAUCAAUCAAAUUGGGAUUAUUCAAAUCAAUAUGACAAAAUUAAUGAUGUAGAAUCAGUAACAACGACAACAUCUUUAGCGUGGGAACAAGUAAAGGAUGAUAAUACUACGCCUGAUUCAUCCCUAUAUGACUCACAACCAGGACAAGAUCAAGAUGAUAAUCGUGAGGGUGAUGACCAAACAAAAGUAAAUGACGGCGGAGAUAUGCCACAAGAAGACAAAGUUCAAGAAACUCAACAAGAUAGAGAAGGUCAUGAGCAUCAUUCUGAUAGAGACCGUCAUGAACAACAUCAGCCUACAGAAGGUAGUGAACAACAACCUGGUGGAGACGGUAGUCAACCAAGUACUUCAGGUGAUUCAAAUACUGGUGGUGAAGGAACACCAUAUGGUGAUACAGAAACAGUAGUAGCACCACCAAAGAAAGGAAUGAAUUGGUUACCAAUAAUAAUUAUUGUUGCAUCAAUUAUUGUUCUUAUUAUUAUUGGUUUGGCUAUUUUAUUUUUACGCAAACGACGUACUAAUAAAGGUUAUGGUGCGGCACCAACGAAUGAACAAGCAACAGGAGGAACAACAACUCGAUCAUAA